ACAAUAUAACUUAACGGAUCUUGAAAUCAGACUCCAACGGAACCUCGAGACUAUCAAAAAUCGUCCUUGCACCUGACUAGAACUGUCUGCUACCCGCUCUGCUCACCGCCUGCCCUAGUCAUUCGCUGAACCUGGAGGCGCCUCGGCUUGUCCUUGCUUGCUGGCUGGUCACUCUCGCUCCCGUCCGUCUUCAACACCGCGCGCGAGUGGUUGGCCGUAUAACUUCCUUCAAACGAGCCUGCCAUCCUGUCGUUCGUUCUUCCGCCAUGCUAUUCGGUGCCGCUAAUUCUGCGUUUGUUUCCUGCUGCUAGUCUCUCGUUCGUUUGUUAUCGAGCUUUUCAUUGUAGUCCCCGUGGCCUUGGUCCUCAAUCGCAAUUUCGCGUUUUACUCAUCUGCUUCUUAUUCGUCUUCAUUGCACGUUGAAGAAUCCGCAGUUGAUCACCACCGGGGUUCUCGUCAGUUCAUGCGUAUGCGCCGUCACGUACAGUUCGACUCUCAACUCGGAUUAGGCCAAUUGGUUUCAGGAAGCUUCCUUGGUCGAUACUGCGCCUUUUAAGCGUCAUCUGUCACUCAUUCUUCUCCUGACGCUGUCGUUCUGCAUCUUCAAAUCUCAUCUAAUCACUGCAAUCCGAGUCAAAAUCACCAAUACGCAUCGGACCCAAUCACAGCUUGCCAGCUGUCUUGCGCGCCUUCAACUUGGCUCGCCGUCCCCGUAGAGUCGCCCCUCUACAGACCAAGUAAUAGGCUCUGCCUUACGAGUCCCAGUUUGCUCUGGCUGCCUCUCAUCCGGGCUGCAUCGUGCGAGCUGCUGUAACGACCUGCGCGCACUUCGCGUCGUUCCCGCCGUGCGUUUUGCUGCAGCUGUGGAGCUCGUUAACGUCCCUAGUCUCAGUCGUGGACCCUUCUACGUCUAACCCACCUACACCCAAGUUUCACCUUGAACGUACCGGCUGAGCUGCAUGGCGUCCUCUGAAGUCGACCAGAAGUUUCUCGGCAAGCUUGCCAAAGCUGUCGAGAAUGACAAUCCUCUCUUGGCCAGCAUGCUCUUCAAGAUUCUAGGAUUGUCUCUCAACCUUGCCGAACAGCUUGUUGCCGCAAAGAAGCAGCGCCGGCCUGACUAUGAGCCAUCACCUAACGCGAUACGGCGCGUCUUGCGUAUCAUAUGGCUCUCCCGAGAGGGCAAGGUAAUGCUUGAACAAUAUGUCAUACCAAUGGUUGGCAAUUAUGUCGAACUCAAGGUCCUCGCCUACAAACUUCGUGCCUCUUUCUCACAUAUUUUUGCGCUCUUUGGCAACACACCCUCGAUCUCGAACUUGGGAAGGCAAACGCCAGAUGUAACUGCUGUAUUGACACCGCGCCUGGAUAAGGGAAAGGGACGCGCUGCCGACAUGGAAGUUGAAUCCAGGCCCUCCUCAGUUCAACCAACUCACCCCCUAGAAGGAGGACCCGUGUUGCCUCCCCCGGGGUUUGAAGAUCAAAACUUUACGUUAUCGCCCAACUUUCUCAUCCCGGCCAAGGACUACCUUCCUGAGGCAAAACAGCAUUUUCAGGAGGCUAUCCAGCUUGCCGACUCGAUGCUCUGGGGCUCUCACUCUCUUCGCCUCUCGGUCAAAACUGAAUAUGCUGCCUUCUUAUACGAAUGUGUUCACGAUGCUGAAGGAAGUCGGAAAGUUGCCAAGGACACUAUCGCGGAAGUAUACGAAGCCACGGAGGGAAUGGACGAUGACAUGUUUGGUGAUGCUUGCGAGCUGGUUACGGUCCUGGGUAAGAUGAUGAAACGUGGUCUCGGCACCAGUGGUACUCUACGUAAACCUCCAGCGGUGAACCAAAAUCCCAUACCAAGAGCCACUCCCCCUCCGGGAAUGGAGAACCCCAUUUGAAGAGGGCACGGCCAGUUUCUCAUAGUACCCAACACGGGCCAAAACACUGGUAACAACUCGAGAAAAUUGUAGUGUUUGGACGAACGACCCCGAAGCAAUUUGAGCGACACCGACUGAGAUGAGCAAAAACACGGCUUGGGUCUAAAUCGCCUCACGCUAAAGGGGCCCCAAAUUUGAUUCACGCUGAACGGCCCGUUCCGCAACACCACAUCAAAUCACAUUCCUAUGGGCAUCUCAGACAUCUAUACGAACAGCGCAAUUUUGCAUUAGGCCAUGGCAGUACUAGCUUGCUGAUGAAACAGCAAAGCCCUCCCAUGGUGACUCUGGCACGAGGAUCGGAACGCACAUCACCUGGAGACAGGCGAUGCUGAAAUAUUGUGGUAUUAUACCUACCAACCGGCUGAUUUACAAUUAACUUCCCCCAUCAGAGCCCAGCCCAUCCCAGCCUACACUGUCCUCAGCGCGCAUUUGGCCUUAUUUCAUUUCUGCCCUGUUAUUUGAUACCCACAACUAUUUGUAUCUUUGUGUGCAUUUGCAUUGGGUUAUUGCCCUACUUAUUUAUCAUCAGAUAUUGUACAAAAUUUUAGCUUUUACGGGUUAUGCUUUAGUUCUGCAUGGAACCGAGGUUAGGAAAAUAGAGAAAGGAGUUUGAUAUUAAGCCCAGGUGUUGGUUGCAUUUCUGGGCGCACGCAGUUAAUAGAUGAUUUAUCCAUCACCAAGGUAGCAAGCAUGUUACUUUUUUUCUUAAAACAAAUACCUGGGACAUUUGCCCCCGG